AUGGGGGCCGCUAUGAUAAAGAGCUGCUUUGCUGGUGGGCCCGUAGAGGACCCCCACCGCCACUAUCACCACUAUACGCGCUCGUUGGCUAACACCAUGCCUCCCUCUCUCACGCCACCUGAUGCGCACAAACGUCUUGGAAAUCGCCUUUUUGCUACUGAUGUUGAGGUGCCUGUGAAGAAGCACUUGACCCGUCGCGCAGUAAAUUUACCACAGACUGCCGUGCGUCUGCAGCAGCUCGACCAGGACAUUUCUAAGCUGAGAAAAAGUCUCGCCAGCUCUAUCUCAUCUGAUGCUACCACUAUGUCCGAAAGCUCUUUUGUGGCUAUGUCGCCUCCGCAAGAAAUUGACUCCAUGCGCGGCUACUAUCCGAUGAGCCGCACCUCGACAGCAAAAUUUCGUGCGCUUUUACCGGAUAAUUACGUGCUUGAAUGCGUUGCUGGUAAAGGAACGACCUGUAUAUGUUUCAAAUCUGUGCGCAAAAGUGACGGACGCCGUUUCGCCUGCAAAAUUAUCGAAAAGAGGACUCUGGCUCCAUCUUCUCGAAAAAGAAUGGAAGUUGCUGCUCAACUACGUCGUGAGGUGGACGUGCUGCGGCGUGUUGACCAUCCGCACAUUACUAAACUCGAAGAGUUUUUCGAAGAUGACAACUACUUGAUUCUUAUCAUGGAACUUAUGGAAGGCGGUGAGCUGUUUGACGCCAUUAUAGAAAAAGGGCGCUUUUCCGAAAAAGAAGCUGUUCAUGUGGCCCGCAGUAUCCUAUCUGCUAUUCACCACAUGCACGAUCGUGGUAUCAUGCACCGUGAUCUCAAGCCGGAAAACAUGUUGCUUACACAAAAUGAAAAGCACCACGGUGUGGCUUAUAUGCUGAAUGUAAAAGUCAUUGACUUUGGUUUUGCCAAGAUUUUAAAAGACGGUGCAAGAUCUAUAUCGUUUUUGGGUACGGGAGGCUAUUUGGCUCCUGAGAUUCUGCUAAGACAAGCAUACGGCACUUCAGUUGACAUGUGGUCAUUUGGAGUGCUGACAUACUUGUUGCUCUGUGGUCGACUACCUUUUCCAGCUAUUACCAAGCUACGUCGAGAUCAAAGGAUCCAGUCUCUUUACAAACUCACGUUUCCCAGAAAAUACUGGCAUGGAGUAAGCCCCGUUGCUAUCGACUUUCUUCGACGUGUGCUUGUACUUGAUCCAUAUAAGCGAAUGACUGCUGACGAAGCACUAAAUCAUGCAUGGAUUCAGGGUUAG